CAGGGCAGCCUCGGAGACGAGGCUGGUAGAGCCGCCGAAGGAAACUACCGGCCCCAGCAAGCCCCGGGGCGGCGUUUCCAUGGGAGCCCCGCGCCCGGAGCGCGGCCUUUACUGCGCUGCUCGAGUGGAAGCAGUAAGGCUGGCCCAGCAGCCAGGAAAGCAAGCGUUAUGCUUAUACUGCAGGAUGACCCAGCCAGCAGAUGGAAUGUCACUGCAGAUGGUAUCAGCUCUCAGCAAUUCAUCCUUGUUUCAGCCAGGUUCUUCCCUGCUGAAUUUUGAUGGGCACGUCUUCUUUUUUGGGCAGAAAGGAUGGCCGAAGAGAUCCUGUCCCACGGGUGUUUUCUUCCUUGAUAUAAAGCAGAAUGAGCUCAAAAUGAAACCUGCUGCCUUCUCUAGGGAUUCCUGUUACCUUCCCCCACUCCGCUACCCAGCUAUUUGCACGCUUAGAAGUGAUGGGGAGUCCGAUAAGCACCAGUACAUCAUUCAUGGUGGGAAAACACCUAACAAUGAUCUUUCUGAUAAGGUUUACAUUAUGAGUGUGGUAAACAAAACUACCAAGAAAACCACGUUUCAGUGCAUUGAGAAAGAUCUAGAUGGAGAUGUCCCUGAAGCUAGAUACGGACAUACAAUUAAUGUAGUUCAUAGCCGGGGAAAAAGCAUGAUUGUUAUAUUUGGAGGUAGAUCAUAUAUUCCUCUUGCACAGAGAAUUACUGAAAAAUGGAAUAGUGUAGUUGAUUGUUUGCCAUUUGUGUUUCUUGUUGAUUUUGAGUUUGGAUGCUGUACGUCAUACAUGCUUCCAGAGCUUCAAGAUGGACUUUCCUUUCAUGUUUCAGUUGCCAGAAAUGAUACAAUCUACAUUUUGGGAGGCCAUUCACUUCAAAAUAACACCCGACCUCCUAGCCUUUACAAGCUAAAAGUUGAUCUCCCGCUGGGUAGCCCAGCCGUGACCUGCUCUAUCUUGCCAGGGGGAAUAUCUGUGUCGAGUGGUAUUGUGACUCAGACUGGUGAUACUGAAUUCGUCCUUGUUGGGGGCUACCAGUCUGACAACCAGAAACGGAUGAUCUGUAACACUAUAACUUUGGAAGAUAAUAAAAUAGAGAUUGUUGAAAGGGCAAGCCCAGACUGGACACCUGAUAUUAAACACUGUAGAAUGUGGUUUGGCUGUGAUAUGGGCAAAGGGUCCAUAUUGUUGGGCAUUCCUGGGGCCAACAAACAGUUAAUCUCAGAUGCAAACUACUUCUACAUUUUGAGAUGCAACAGAGCAGAAGAGGAUGAAGAAGAAGAAUUGACAUCACAAUCAUGCAGUCAGGCAUCUACUGAAGACCAAGGAGACUCUACUCCAUUUGAAGAUUCCGAAGAGUUCUUUAGUGCUGAAGCCAGUGGCUUUGAUGUUGAUGACAUGGAUACUUACAAUGAAGAUGAUGAAGAAGAUGAAUCAGAAACAGGGUACUGGAUCAUCUGCUGUGCCAGCUGCAAUAUUGACAUUAACACCUGGGUGCCUUUCUAUUCAACAGAACUCAACAAGCCUGCAAUGAUUUUGUGUUCCAGUGGGUCUGGCCAUUGGGUUCAUGCACAGUGUAUGGAUCUGUCAGAGAGCAUGCUCCUACGGCUCUCCGAAGCAAAUGUCAAGUACUUCUGCAAUGAGCAUGUUGACCUUAAUAAAGGGCUGCAAACUCCCAAAAAGGUGGUGCAUCUGAAAAAGCAUCCCAUGAAACGACUGCACAAAAAGAAAACCAUGAAGUUAACCACACCAGUGAAAAAGUCUUUUCUUCGGAGAUUAUUUGAAUAGAUUUGUACCACUGAUUUGUAUUCAACUGGGAGACUAAAACAGCUAGCAGUGGUUGAAACAAAAUGGGUUACUGAGGUUCCUACUGAUCAUUUUAUUAAAUUGAUAUUAUCUCAAUAUUUCAGUUAUAUUUCAAAACUCAUGAGCAUUUUUUGUUUCUUAUGUAUGUUUUUGUAAUACCCAUAUAGGAAGCUUAUUACAGAGGGCAUCGUACAAACACACAGCCAGAUAUUGGUAACUUAGUGCUAUAUUUUUUACAGUAGUAUAACUUACUCUCCAAUCAUUCCCUGUAAAUGUGGUAGAACUCCUUUAGGAAAAGAUGUUAUCUCAUGUACUCAGUGGUGUUAGCAUCUGUCAGUAAACAAAGACCAUAUUGCCCAUUUUAAUUUUUUUUUUAUCUUAGCAAGUAGUUCUAGAAAUAUUUGGCCUAAUUUAUAACUGCCUUGCUCCAAUUUUACGUUAGUGUAAUGAGCUAAAAUUAGACUAAUUAAUCUGUUUUUAAAUUGAAGUGAUUUUUAAGUCCCUUGUCAGAAAUAAUGAAAUAUUCAGACGCUGAGGGUGAGUUUUCUUCAGGGACUUCCAUUACGAAAAUCUUUCAAGUAUUUAAUUCUGGAUAAUUCAUUUUUAUUUUGAAAGGUACUGAAUGGUUAUGUGUCAGGUUUGGCUGUCGUUAAGGAUUAUGACCUCACAGUAAAAGUUAAAUUACAUUUUUAAACCAUUGUGCUCAACAACUGCUUUGCAUUUGUAUUUUUAAAAAUAUAUUAGUUGGAUAAUAAAGUUUGUAAUAAAAAUGAGUGGGUUAUUUUCACCUGUUCAGGCAGUAAAUCAAACACAGCAAAUCUGAAAGUCUAGGAAAGGACAGUAUGUGUGUGUUCUUGGGAAGUGCAUCUGAAGUCUGUAAGGAGUCUAGCUUCAUAGCUGCCACAUGCCGUGAGCUCCCACUGACUUUAGAAGUUCCUUCUGAUGAACAGGACUUUUACCAUUUACUCCAGGUCUUCCCUUGCACGUUUCUUUCUCUGCUCCUGCAGGGUGACUGGGUAGAUUGUGACAGUAUGAAAGUGCAAGCUGUUGCUCAGGGGGACUCAUUGAGCCAGUGUUGCAUCAUGAGGGUGAAAACAAAUGCAGCUAGCUGCUCAAAGCAUGGGGGCAAGAUUGGAUUCAGAUUGAAAAGGACAUUGUCAAGGUUGAAUAGCCCAAGAGUUUACUAACUUGUUGUGGAGUCUUUUAUUGGCUAUCUGUAAAGCCUCAUCAUUUUUUACUUGUAUUUUUUUUAUUUUUAUUACUGUUCCAAACAUCUUUUCAAAAAAUCAAUACCAUCCAUUCAACAUUUGUGAGCCAACACUAAUAGCUCUGUAUUCACAGUCCACUUCUUGUGCUGGAGCCCUCAAUAAAAAGGAAAAGCAGCAGGAGCAGCUGUCAGACAUCUGAUCAGUAUGUGCAGACCCUGAGCAGCCACCCCUUUCAAAACCAGCAGUGUGUUCCAAUCAGCACAAAUGUGUAUGCACAAUACUCCCCUUGAUACCUUCACAAGUCAACAGUAGAGGAUAGUAAAGGGUAACAAGACAAAAUUACCAUUUCCAAUCUCUUAUAUUCUGAUGGAGGUUAUAGUGUGGGUAGAAUUUGUAAAUGGGAAGUAGAUCAUCCUGGGACUUGUUUCAUCCAUUUUUACAUUAGUGUAAAUCCAUAGAUUUAAAUGGUAGUUUCCUUUUUUCUCAAAAUAUACUCAGAAUAAAUAAGGCUGUAUAGUUUUCAAAGGAAUAAAUGAAAGUUAGAGCCCUUUAAACUGUUGAAAUUCAAUAGACAAUAUUCUCUUUUGUAGUUUAGUCAUAGGUAUUACUCAGUCAAAUUGUCAUUAAAAUAUACAUUCAGCACACGUUACAAGCUUUAUUUACAUCAACAACAACAAAUCUCCACAUUAAAAUUAAACAACAUCAUCACAACACAGACAGGAGGACAAUAUAUGCACACAACAGAAAUUCACCCCUCAUCCCUUCACCACCACAGCACUUCUCACAAUUACUUCAAUCCCUGGCAAUAGCUGGUUUGCGCUUUGCCUGUUACCCUGUUGCUAUCGAUAUCUCAAAUUCUUGAGGAGCCACACUGGGCAACAAAUUUGUUUGGUCUAUGACUUUUUUAAAUGCAUGUGUCACUUCAUAAGGAGGAAGAAAUAGUCAAACUAUGUCCCAGCCUUGCAGUGAAGGGGAGUAGAACAAGCAUUAAAUCACAUUUCAGAGUUACUGCUGGAAGAGUAAAUCAUAGGUAAAGUAAAAUAUAAAAUUCCUAAGGACUCGAGCAUAAAGAAGUGUAUGACCACUGACCUGUAAAUGAAGACACUUCACAUAGCAUUCAAGGUUGCAGAAAAUAUUUAAUUAUUUGAUAAUUCUGAUGAAGCUUUUGAGGCAUGUGCUUGUUAGAGCAUUGAUCGUCUUUAAAAACCAGAUAAUCAAUACGUUUCUUUCUCAUGCAGUGUAGAAUUAGAGGAUAAAAUUAAGCAGAUUUGAGGGCAGAAGUAAAUCCCUGUUGUGUCUGCAUCCAGCUGACCUGUGUGUUUUGUAACCACAACAAACAGCAUCAGGGCUCCCAGUCACAUUUUAGUGUUGCUGUUGUUAUCAUCAGCUUUUAAGAUAAAGUAUAUGGUUUUACUGCUUGUGGAAGGUACUUAAAUGCUGAAGUACCUAAUUAGUCUACAGGAAAGGCAAAGCACAAACUUUAGUGGUAGCACUAAAACGUGUCAUAGUUCAGAGUGACUCAUUGCACCAAAAGACCAUUGGAAAGAAUGGAAAUAAUGCCACUGGGAACCCAAAGCAAAAGGAGAAGACUGUGUUCAGAUUGAAAAGGAAUCUGUAAAGUUAUUUACUACCAGAUUUACUGCAGUGCAGACAGAAGGACUUGCUUAAUUGUAAGGAUUGGCAACUCUAGCUCCCUCCAUAUAUGAUUCCUAUCCUCUCCCAUUUCAAGCAAAACUAACUCCUGAAAAUAGCUUGAGAAAACUCCUGUUUUGUGCCUGUAUUUGGGCUUUGGAAAUUGUCCCUCUUCAACAAAAAAGCAAGAUAAACAUUGUAAAAACGUUCUGAUUUCUCAAAACAUGCAUUGGUCACUACGAUGUAUGCAGAUCCACCUUUUGUUGGUAGUUAUUGUGAUUUCUCUUGUUCAAAAUGCCCAUCUUCAGAGGAAGAGCUGGCCACUGAAAAUACAGCAGUUUCACCUUUUGACAUCUCUGCUGGUGUUGCUAGAAAAACUGCUAAUUAAAUCCUUUCUAAAGUGUCUUUUGGGACUGUGGGUAAUAUUAAGCUUGAUGAAUAAGGUAGAAAAGUUCCCAUACUAAGGAGUUGGAGCUGAUCAUUUCUCUAAAAAUUAUGCUAUAUUCAGUCACCUGAAACAGCAGUCUGAAAAACAGUGGUGGUAGACCUCAUUAUUCUUCAUCUGUUUCUGAUUCUAUGAGAAUACACGGAAAGUAAAUUUCAGUCAAUUAUUAUGUCCAGGAGGGAGAAGGAGGUGAUUGUCCCCCUGUAUUCUGCCCUUGUAAGUCCAC